AUGGACCCCCAGAUGACACUGCCCCGGGCAAUCCUGCUCCUCCUUUUCUUGCACCUGUUGCCACUGGGAGGCCUUUCUCACCCACUGGGCGGCCCUGGCCCGGCCUCGUCUGGGAUAACGGAGCUGCCGGACAAGGUCUCGGAGCUGCAGGCAGAGAGGAUGGCCCUGGAGAUCCUCCAGCAGGGCAUUGCCCCCACACAAGCUUGGGAAGCCCGGGAGGCCCAGGUUACCCCCACAAGCAUCUUUGGGCCUGAGGACGUCUUCCAGGCCCUGUGGGGACUACCCAGUCGCAAGACAAAGCGUGACUCAGGCUGCUUUGGGCGGAGGCUGGACCGGAUCAGCUUCCACAGUGGACUGGGCUGCAAUGGUGAUGAGGACACACCCUCCCAGAACACUCACUGUCCAAACCCAGCCAGCGCUUCAGAAUUCUUCCAAGUGCUGUCCUGCAUGAAGCUCUCUGUGGGUGCCCCCAUGGCUGCCCAACUACUGCGGUGUUUUGGCAAAGCCGUGGCCAGUCGGUGGGAGCCUCUUGAGGUCAAUCAGCAAGAAUGUGGCUCUAGCAGCCGAGGGUCUGGGGGGCUGUCGGGGCUGCCCAAGGCGGAGGGGCUGUGA